CGAACCGACGAAUGGACUUCCAAGAAAAUUUUGGAGAGCUCGAGAAUCGAAGCGAGAGAAGGGGUAGGGAGUAGCCAAAUUUGGUGAAAAUGGUGAACUACUUAUUGUUGAUAACUGCUCAGCUCGAUAAUCUCACCGAUUUUCAGCCUCAAGGCGGCUGCGACGAUCCUAAUUUCACAUACUACUUCAAACUAAAAUGUGGGAACUGCGGUGAGGUGACCCAAAAGGAGACUUGUGUAAGCUUGAGUGAGACAGUUCCUUCGACGAAAGGAAAGGGCGAGGUUCAUCUUGCACAAAAGUGUAAGUUCUGUUCCAGGGAAGGAACUAUAACUAUGAUUACGGGCCAUGGUCGUCCUUUGACUUAUGAAGAUUCUGAGGCUGCUAAAUUUGCUCCUCUAAUGUUAUUUGACUGCAGAGGCUUUGAGCCUGUUGAUUUUUCAUUUGGCAGUGGGUGGAAAGCUGAAUCUAUUGACGGGACAAAGUUCAAUGAUAUUGACUUGUCAGGAGGGGAAUUUUCUGAGUACGACGAGAAGGGAGAGUGCCCUGUUAUGAUCUCCGAAGUCCGUGCCAUGUUCAAUGUGGCCAAGUAGGUCAGCUAACCUUCACUUUGUGUUUUUCUAAGGCAUGGUGCUGAAAUAAACUAGUAUCUCUUGUUGCAAUAAAUUGUUAAAAAGUGAUCUGGUCUUAUGUCAUUGACGAACAUCCUUACCUUUAGACACAUGUUGAAUUUGGAACUGCUGCUGAUCUGUAAAGAUUUUUAGUUUAUAAAAAUGCUUGUUAUUAUCCAUGA